AUGACGCCAGUCAUAUUUGCGCUACUACCAGGAAAGAGUCAAAGAAUCUACACUCGACUGUUUACCCUACUCAAGGAACACAUGACUCAACUGUACCUGCCUUUCGCCCCAACCCAUGCAUUCGCCGACUUUGAAGUAGCAGUACACAACGCCAUUCGCCAGACAAUCCCAGGAAUCACCAUGAAAGGCUGUUUUUUCCAUUUCACCCAGAGUGUAUGGAAAAAAGCACAGACAACUGGACUGCAAACUCUAUAUCGGGACAACGAAGAUGUUAGGACCCUUAUCCGCCAUGCAGCUGUUCUACCACUUGUACCAAUGGACUGCAUAAAAGACGUAUGGUUACAGACACAAGAAGAUCUAGAAGACGCUGAAGUACCACAGAACACAACACCUUUCACAGACUAUGUUACAGAGCAGUGGGUGGAAGGAGACAGACCCUUGUGGAAUCACUUCCAAACAGAUGGACCACGAACAACAAACAACCUAGAAGCCUGGCACGGAAACUAA